CUACCCCAACUUUUUUGGAACUAUGUCACCUUUUAUUCGUCUUCUGAUUGGUCGAGAGCUCGAUCAUUUGCAAAAGUCAUAGACUAAACAACCGUACGGUCGUCGUUUGUUACUUUAUUGCAGACUAACAAAACUGUGCGACGCCUUCCGUGUCUUUCGACGACGACUGUUCUGCGGGACGGCCUUAUCGUUGCGCUUGGCGUGCACGUAGUCGUCAUCCUCACAUGACGCCACUUGUAAACGAAGAGUGGACGCCAAGGCGUCUUCCGAUGAGGCGAAGAGGGCGCGCUCGAAGGAACGGCCCGCGAUGGCGACCCGGCGGACCAAGGCGGUGUGCCGCAACCUUCCCCCGGACCUCCCAGAGUCUGCGUUCGUGCGCGCUCUCGCAGCGGAGGGGUUCGCGGGUCGAUACGGGUACUUGGACUACGCGCGUGGGGCUUGGAAGCAGAGGCUGCCGGUGCCGUCCGUGGCUUGGAUCCAAUUCGCCGACGAGCAGGCGCUGUUCGACUUUAGGGGCGCGUUCGGCGGCCGGAUCUUCCGCGCGGGCGAGAGGGACGAUGCCGAGGAGCGCGCCGGCGGCGAGUCCGCGACGGAAAACGCGGAGGGCGACGGCGAACCCGCGCCGGAGGAGGGGGCGCCCGCGGCGACGAAAAACACAGCUGUGCCCGAGGGGAUGGAGGAGUGGCGCGCGCGCGUCGAGUACGCGCCCAAUCAGAAGACGCCGCGGGGCAAGCAGCAUCGCGACAAGCGCGAGGGUACCAUCGGAAAGGACGCCGCGUACCUCCAGUUCGUGAAGGACCUGGAGGCGUCGAUGGAGGCGCCGCCGGCCCCGACGAUGACAGCGGAGCAGGCGCUGGAGCGAAGGGAAGCGGCGGAGCGCGCGGCCACGGGCAAAUCGGACUUUAAGGUAUCCGCGCUGCUGAGGUACGUCAUGGAGCAGAAGAAGAAGGAGAUGGACCAUCGAAAGGCCGCGAAGGCGGCGGCGAAGGCGGCGAAGGGCGGUAAGAAGGCCGCCGGCGCGGGAGCCAAGGACGCCAAGCCGAGCAGGAGAGACGCCAACAAGCGGAAAAAGGGAACAGCUGGCGCCCAAACACAGCCGGCGCCCAAGACCCUGCCGUCGCCGAAGCCCGCCCCGAGCGGCGCCUCCGACGGCAACAAGUCGAAGCAGGACGGCGGGGGGAAGAAACAUCCGCCGGAACCCGCGCAGCAGCGGAAGCCGACCGCGCCUGCCCCGGAGCCCAAGCAGGGCAAGGCUAAGGCGCUCAAGCAAAAGGCGCCGAGCAAGCCAAACAAGCCGCCGGCUCCCGACGGCGGGGGCGGGGCCAAGACCGCGGACGCCGCCGGCGCCGGGGGACGCGGCGGGGGCGCGGGGGCGGCGGGGGGACGCGGCGGGGGACGCGGCGGGCGCGGGGGGCGCGGCGGCGGGGGGAAGUCGAAGCCGAAGUCCAACGUGCAGGUGUUCAGGAGCGACAGCUAG